CUGCUACUGUUCCGCUCGCUCGCUCGCUCGUCCGCCGCCCUCCCCGAUCUAGGGUUUUCGAUCGAUCGAUCGGCCUCCGUCCGUCCGGCCUUCGCCGACGGCGGUUCGCGUAUCCCGCUCGGGUUAACGCCGGUUAUCUCGUUUGUUUGUUUUCUGGUGUUGUAGGGGCUGUCCUGUGCUAGGCGUUACAGCGAUCAAAGGGGAUGAUGAAUUCUUCUGAUAGUAUAAUCGCUACGGAUAUCGAGACUGUGAAUAUGUGCAGAAUGAACUCUGAUAUCUACACUUGGCCUCUUCUGCAUUCUUCAGUUGCACAGUUUACUCUGAGGUGCACCUGAGCCAGGCUAUUUGUCGUACUUGCCGUACAAGCUUAUUUUGCAUUCGAAUUUGAACUCGUCAAUAGUGAUUGAUCUAGUACAAGCAGAUAGAAAUGCAGGCCGAAAUCGGAAAGGUAUUGGAUAGUGAUGGUAAGCAAAGAAUCUCGCUCCAAUUGAAGCGAAAGCGAGCAGUUGGCAUUGCUGAUGUUGCUUGCAAAGUUCCGUGCUCCUGCGAUAUAUCAUCUACUAAUAAGCAUGGAAAACGAAGGAAAAUUGACAGCUUCAAAAGCGCUGCCAGCUGUCCGCCUCCUUUUGGAAAAUCUAUUGCUAGAUACUAUUAUAAUUUCAUGAAGAGUGGGAUUCCGCAACGUUUGAUGUAUUAUCAAAAUGGUGACUGGACUGAUUUCCCCCAGACUUUAAUUGACUUGAUCAAGGAGGAUCUGAGCAAGAAGAAGGCCGCCAUCGAGGUGAAUUUUGGUGGUGAUCAUUUUCUGCUAGAUUUCUUGCACAUGUUUCGACUAGACUUGGAAAGUAAUAUACAGCGACCUAUUGCUUGGAUUGAUGAAGCUGGUAGCUUCUUUUUUCCAGAAACCUUUGCCAACGAGUGCUGUCGACAUAAAUGCUUGGAUCUACCAGAGCCUAUGCAUGGGGAUGGGUCUUGCGAAUUGAAGCUGCAACUCGAGAUUGAUAUAAGCGGCAUAGAUCAAUUUAAGCUAAAGGAAUGUAGUGGGGAGUCGACCACUCCCAUCAAACAAAUCCAGAAAUCAGUCAAUGACCGCAUGUUCACAGAAGUUGAAGAUAGCUGUGACAGGAAACAUCAAGUGAAAUUGGUUGAAACCGUCGGUGAGAACAAGCAGGUGGAGGUAGAAGUGGACUCUAGGAUAAAACUCGAUGGUGGGAAACUGGAUUCUGAAACAGUGCGGAAGAUGUUCCUCACGGGCAUGGGCCCUAAUGUUGUGGACAUUCGUAAUAUGUACUGCUGCUCAAGUGAACCAAUACGAGAUCGAUUAGACCUUUUCCAGAAGCAAAUUGAAAUCACCGAGAAACGCCGGGGAUCAGCAAAUAUUAAGUAUGCUUGGCUUGCUGUGCCAAAUGCGGUGUUGCCCACUCUCAUGGCAUAUGGCCUUGGAAAUUGUGGAGCACUGAUAACUAAGCCCACUUAUGGCAUUGGUGUGCAGCUUGCAGCUGCAAACUGUAUUCAGAUCAGUGCAAAUAAUUGUGAUGUUGACGAAAAUGGGGUUCGACACAUGGUGCUUUGCCGUGUAAUAAUGGGAAACAUGGAGGUCGUACAUCCUGGAUCUACACAGUGUUAUCCAAGUGGCGAGGGCUUUGAUAAUGGAGUAGAUGAUCUUCAAAACCCCACACGUUAUGUAGUCUGGACUAUGAACAUGAACACCCACAUUUAUCCAGAAUAUGUUAUUAGCUUCAAGGUCACAUUGAAACCUGAAGGAGAUCUUAUUGGAACUAGGAGUAACCGUACUGCAUUGAGAGUUACAAGGUCUUUCCAGGAGCCUCAAACAGACUCGUCUGCAGUUGACUCAGAAAGUAGUAGCCAUCCACCUUCAGACAUUAUGGAACAUCGGGGUAAAGCUCCUACAAUAGGUUCCAGCGCUCCUAAGACGCCUAGGUCCCCCUGGAUGCCUUUUCCUAUGCUGUUUGCUGCUAUUUCUGACAAAGUUACUUGUAAAGAUAUGGAUUUGGUGAAAAGUCACUAUAACCUGUUCAGGGCAAGGAAGAUUACGCGGGAUGAUUUUGUCAAGAAGUUGAGACUUAUAGUUGGUGAUGAUUUAUUGAGAUCUACUAUAACUGGUCUACAGUGCAAGGGUCCUUCGAUGGGUGAGGUGGACCAGAAAGCAGGAGGCCCUGGUGGAUUUUGAUUGUCCUUGUUUGGUGCGGAGGCCUGUUUGCAAUCCUUUCAAGAUGUUUGACGAUGGGAUUACGAGUGCUGCGGUCUGCGAAUGCGUCGACAUGAAGUGAAUUUGUCUUUUCCUCUACUCCUCUGGUAGCAAUAUUCUUGGUUUUGCAUGUGGAAACUUGUAUAGCUUAGUUUUAUAAAUUUCCUAAGAUCUUACUAGUAGAUUGUUAGAUUGGAUAAAGUGUUCGUUGAAACUGGAGAGCCGCAACUUUUUGAGUUACCGCCUCCAUGCCGAUUUAAUGUGUUUUAAACUCCGGAUUUUCUCAUGAACUAUGCUGAGGUAGCAAUGUAUUUUUCUCA